AUGACCCAACGGAAUGUGCCGAGAAUAAAUGUAGUAGCAGACCCAGUAAGACGCGAUGACCCGUUAGUAUCCCCCCCUCCUAUGGAACAAGUAUUGGCCAAGAGACUGGCCGAUGUCGAGGCAGUGAUGAGACGCAUUCUAGGAAUGCCGGUCCCAACCAAGAAGGGCAGACCCUAUUGUUACGCUGAUUCACCCUUUGUGGAUGAGAUCGCUCUGGUCGACAUGCCCCAGAAAUUCACCAUCCCCAACAUGAAACCGUAUGAUGGUAACAACGACCCAGAUGACUACAUACGUCGUACAAGCAUUGGCUGUUCACAGUCUCAAUACCCCGAUCGCUUAAGGAAGCCUGCAUGUGCAAAAGUUUCGGUUCUAUUCGCCAGUAGCAAGAAACUAGAGAAACUGUCAGCUGACCCAUUUCGAAUAUACCAGAGAAGGGGAGAGCCAUUGAGAGAAUAUGUUAGCAGAUUCAAUAGAGAAAAGAUCUCUAUCCCCUCAUGUAACCCCGAGACUGCUGUGGACGCUUUCAGGAAAGGCCUCCUCCUGAACAGAGAACUGUACAAAGAACUUACGAAUUUGGGUUGCACCACAAUGGAAGACACUUUGGCCCGGGCAGUUAUCCAGAUAACAUGGGAGGAAGAUGAGAUGAACCAAGCUGCUCAUUCUAGAUAUGAAUCAAGGUGGAGCGACAGGAAGCCAGAGCCUGGACCGUUAGAGCACCGCUACCAACCUCUAGCACGCAAUAUGGGCAGAGUCAGGAAGCCUAAUGAUCGCCAACCCGCGAGAAAUGAUAACAAGCAGUUUGGAUCGAACCGACACAAAAUACCGGAGUACAACCUCAACGUCGAACCAACCCAAGUCGUAGCAAUAAUGAAAGGAUUGGGAUCCACCGUCAAGUGGCCUGACAAGCUCAAUCCUGAGGCAAGGAGAGACACAACCAAGUGGUGCGAGUUCCACAGCGACCAUGGGCAUAACACCGCAGACUGUAUUGCCUUGCGACUUGAGGUUGCUGCACUUCUGAAAAGGGGACAUCUCCGUGAUCUGCUUACUGACAAGGGGAAGAACACCAUUAGCCAGAAAAGCUCCAAAGAACAGUCAACCCCUCCGCGAGAACCCAUAGCGAAGGAUUUCUGUUCGCUCAUCUCUGGAUGA